AUGGAUGAAGAGAGCCUGGAAGCAGCCAUUCAGACUUACAAUGCCCAGCUGCACCAAGUGGAGCUGGCUUUAGGGGCAGGCCUGGACCCAUCACAGCAGUCAGACUUGAUCCAGUUGCAGGAAGAUUUAAAGCAGCUGAUAGAACUGACUGAAGCCAGCCUGGUGUCUGUUAAAAAGAGCAAACUUCUGGCUACUUUAGAUACAAAUCCCUCCUCCUCCUCCUCCUCCUCCUCCCCAGCAGGUCUCCCGGAGCAGGACACCAACCCAGACAGUUCUGCCCAAGAUGAGGAGUACGCUGCUUUCAAGGAGGCCAUUGCUGAGCUUGGAAGUGACGAGAAGCCUUCAGCUAAAAACGAUGAGAUCUCAUCGAAGAGAGAGGGAGAAACUGAUGAUAAAAAUGAAUCAAACUGCAGUGAAGUGGAGGAGGAAUCUGACAGGGAAGAGGAAGAGGAGGAAUUGAGUGGGAUGAAGGUCAAGGCCCCCUACUACAGUUCCUGGGGGACCUUGGAGUACCAUAAUGCCAUGAUUGUGGGGACAGAGGACUUAGAGGAUGGCACUGCAGGAGUCAGAGUGCUCUAUCUCUACCCGACGCACAAGUCGCUCAAGCCGUGCCCGUUCUUCUUGGAUGACAAAUGCAGAUUUAAAGAAAACUGCCGGUUUUCCCAUGGCCAGGUGGUCUCUGUGGAGGAGCUUCAGCCGUUUCAGGAGCCCAACCUGAGCACGCUGGAGGUGGGCUCAGCCUGCCUGGCCAAGCACAGCGAUGGAAUCUGGUACACGGCAAAAAUAACCGACAUCGACAGUGGUUACUACACUGUGAAGUUUGACUCCCUGCUGCUCAAGGAAGCUGUUGUGGAAGGAGACAGCGUCAUUCCCCCGCUGCGAAGUGAAGAUGCUGCUGAAUCUGCAGAGUCUGAUGAGGACAGCGUGGAUGAUUCUGGUUAUGCUAAAGUGAUAGAUUCGGGAGUUCCAGAAAAUGGGGAGUGGACUCCUGCGUGCAGUUCCUCUUUCGGUGGCUGGGAAGCCCAUACUCGUGGUAUCGGCUCCAAACUGCUUGUACGGAUGGGAUAUGAGUUUGGAAAAGGGCUAGGGAAGAAUUCUGAGGGCCGAGUGGAGCCGGUGCAGGCUGUGGUGCUUCCUCGAGGGAAAUCCCUCGACCAGUGCAUUGAGGUGCUUCAGAGGAAGAAACAGGGGAAGUUGGACCCAGGCAAAUCGCGGAAAUGCCGAGCAAAGGGAAACGGCUCUGGAGGCCGUAAGCCUCCCCGCAAUGUGUUUGACUUUUUGAACGAGAAACUGCAAGGGAAGAGCGCUGGGGAGAAGGCUGGAGGGACGGCAGUGCCGGAGAGGAACAGCAAGGAGAUCUACCACGCCAGCAAGAGCACCAGGAAGGCCCUGAGCGUCCGCCUCUUCCAGACGAUGGAGAAGAUCGAGCAGACGCAGAAGGACAUCAUAGGAAUCCAACAGGCCCUGGCACGCAACAUUGGACGGCACAGCGUUGCUGCGGCUCAGCUGAAGGAGAAGCUGGCGAACGCCCACAAGCAGCUGGGGCAGCUGCAGGCCCAGGAAGCCAGCCUGCAGCGGGAGCAGAAGAAAGCAGACACGCAUAAGAAGAUGACCGAGUUCUAG